CUGUGCUCCCAUUUAUGAUUACACCAGAGCUGUGGAGCGUGCGGAGGAUGUGUCGCAACCCCAUCAGAGGGCUCUGAAAAGAUUUUUUGGAUAUCGUCUAUAAUUAUUAUCACUAAAGGAAAUAAAUACAUAUCGAGUUUGGGAAAACAACUGAGUGACAAUGCCAGAGGAGAAAGUGUUCCAGCCGCAGCCUGUCCACAGCCCUGUGGAGCAGCAGAAGCAGAAGCAAGGAAGAGGAGGAGGCCCGAUCCCCUGUCAGAACUGUGGGAAGCCGUGCAAAGGAGAGGCACUCCGAGUCCAGAACAAACACUUCCAUAUCAAGUGUUUUGCCUGUAAAGUGUGUGGAUGCGAACUGGCCCAGGGAGGCUUCUUCGUGCGGCAGGGUGAAUACAUCUGCACUCUGGACUACCAGCGGAUGUACGGGACUCGCUGCUUCAGUUGCCAGGACUUCAUCGAGGGGGAGGUGGUGUCUGCCCUGGGAAAGACUUACCACCCCCGCUGCUUUGUCUGCGCAUCCUGCAAACAGCCAUUCCCGGCUGGCGACCGAGUGACAUUUAACGGGAAGGAGUGUAUCUGCCAAAAAUGUACCCAGCCUCUCCCUGCCAACAGCCCUGCACCCAUACAGGCUGUCCACAACUGCUGCGGCUGUGGGAAGGAGUUUCAGAAUGAACAGUCCCUUGUAGCACUGGACAAGCACUGGCACCUGGGCUGCUUCAAGUGUAAAGUCUGCAACAAGGUCCUCAAUGCUGAGUACAUCAGCAAGGAUGGGAUCCCCUACUGUGAGAUGGACUACCACGCCAUGUUUGGCAUCCAGUGCGAGAGCUGCAAGAAGUACAUCACCGGAAAAGUCCUGGAGGCUGGAGAGAAGCAUUAUCACCCCACAUGUGCCCGCUGUGUCCGCUGUGAGCAGAUGUUCGCAGAAGGAGAAGAAAUGUACCUGCAAGGAUCUUCUAUCUGGCACCCUCCAUGCAGACAAGCAGCCAAGCAGGAGGAGAAGAGUAAGGUGACCCGGACUUCAUCUGAGAGCAUCACUUCAGUCCCAGCAUCCAGCGCCUCAGGCUCUCCCAGCAGAGUCAUCUAUGCCAAACUAGGAGAGGAGAUGCUGGACUACAAGGACUUGGCAGCCCUUCCAAAGACCAAGGCCAUCUAUAACAUAGACAGGCCUGACAUGCUGUCCUACUCUCCCUACGUCAGCUAUCCAUCUGAGGAGAGGCACUAUGGAGAGUCCCCCCUGCUGCUUUCUCCUACUCCUACUGAGGGCGAUGGGGAGAAGUCACCCCGUCAACGAAGACCUUCCAGCCCCAGCUCCAACAGCUCCCUGGGGGGCUACGGACGUUACACCCCGUCCCGUUCCCCCCAGAAUUACAGCCGAGCAGGGCCAGACGCUUCCGUUGGCAGUAGAUACACCAGCCAGGGCCGUGACUCCAAUUCUCUUCCUUUGCCCCCAAUCGUCAUGGGUGGCAUUAAGUACCCCUCCACUUUGACCAGGGACUCAUCCUCCCUCCCUAUGCACUAUUCUGGAGGGGCUGAAGGGAGUGUUGGUGUUGGUGGAGGUGGUGGCAAGUUCUCACCCACACCAGGAAGUGGCAGUGGAGGCUUGUCUUUACACCUCAACCCUACCACCCUGGCCAUGCUGCAGCAGCACAACUUCAUCCCUUACUUCAGAGGUAGUGAAAGUGGUCGGAGUACCCCAAGCUUAUCCACCUACUCUGAUGGCAAAUCCCCCUCCUCUGCUUCUACAUACGUGGCUGCUCCUCGACAUUUCCACAUACCAGAGACUAUGGUCAAAGAUAAUAUCUAUAGAAAACCCCCCAUCUACAGACAGCAUGCUUCUAGAACAUCCUGGCAGGAUGGGGACGAUAGCAAGAGGACCAGUUGGAUGAUCUUGAAGAGUGAGAUCGAUGGACAUAUGGGUCCAGAAGACCUUGACCCCUGCAAGUCAACCUGCAGUCUGCCCACUGACACCUCCCAGCCAAAUUUCCCCUACAGUAAGUCUGCAUCCUUACCUGGCUAUGGAAGGAAUGGAAUCUAUAAGGCUGCUGAGAUGGUGGAGGAUGAAGUGGACCCAGACUCCCAGAGCUGGGGAGGCAUGAGAGAGUACAAGGUCUACCCCUAUGAAAUGCUGGCAGUGACGCAUAGAGUGAAAGUGAAGCUUCCCAGAGACAUAGAUCGUACCAGACUGGAGAGACAUCUAUCACCUGAAGACUUCCAUCGGGUGUUCGGCAUGACUUUGGAUCAGUUUGACCGCCUGGCUCUCUGGAAGAGGAACGACAUGAAGAAGAGGGCACGCCUUUUUUAGACCAAAAGAAAAAGGCGCCAAGCAACAUCUCAAUAAUCACCCGUCCUGUCUGGAAGGAAGCAUAAAAGAAAAAAAACAACAACUCAUCUGAAAUAUCUAUAUAUGCACCGCCAUGAUACCCCAACUUUCCACCUGUAAAACGCAAUGCCAUCUGCCUGUGAUGCAACGGAGAGGCGCUCCGUGCGGGAAACAUUUUCACGAUGUUGAGGCAGCAUCUAUAGCUUUUUGUAUGCGAUGUGGUCCGAAUGUUUGACUGACAACCUUUACGGAGGAGGAGCUGCGUUUGCAUGGCCUGUGUUGAUGCUCCUCGCCUCCUAUGUGGUUUCUGCAUCUACCCCCACCCGCCCAUCCAGGCGCUUUCAUACUCCCUGGCAAAAAAAAAAACAACAACAAAAAAAACAGCUUUUUGUAAUUCUCGUGCAGGCCUUCCUCCAGGUUUCUGUGGUUCUGACUGUUUUAUGUGCGCCUUCUUCUACUCUGUCAAUCUUGACUUAUCUCCCUGUUUCUAUCUUGAGUUUUUCACCCACAGCUUGUUUGUUUUCAAUUUGUGAGGGUUUAUCAUGUUAUCUGUCUACAUAUCAUUUGUUUUUGCCUUCUCUCUCUCUCGCUGUCUCUCCAUCAUCUUAAGUUGUUUUCCCUGCACUGAGUUCAUUUUUACACCCUUGCCAUUACUUUAGGAUGGUGAAGAGACUGCAGAAUCGUACACGUUCACUACUGAAGCAUGCCAAGGCCAAAGACAGAGAUAAGAAAACUACUUGAGCUUCUCUGAUCUUUCACUUCAAAAACUGUCAGAGCACCUUAUCGUACACUUUUGUUUUCAAUUUCAAGCUCAAUCAGAGAGGACUGGCUUGGUAGUUUUUGACAUGCGUGCCCUGAUACGUUUGAAUGCAGUCCCAUAUCUUACACAAGCCCCUCGUAAAUCUGUGCAGAUAGGGGAGCCAAGGCUGGAAAGGGGCCACAACAGAGCAGUGAAUCACAGAUAGGGAGGGGG